AUGGCAGAUAUGAUUGAGAAAUUCAUCGAGGUCUUCAUGGACGAUUUCUCAGUAUUCGGGUCUUCAUUUGAUGAGUGCUUGGAGCAUUUAAGUCUUGAAGACAUCGUGCUAAGACACAGAAUCUCAGCAAAGAGUACUGAAGUGGACAGAGCAAAGAUUCAGGUGAUCGAUAAAUUAUCGCCACCUACAUCCGUGCAAGGUGUUCAUAGUUUCCUCGGGCAUGCCGGUUUCUACAGAAGGUUCAUCAAAGAUUUCUCAAAGAUUACUAAACCGUUGUGCUGUUAG